AUGUGCAACGGCAACGGCAAACGUAAGCACAAAAAUAUCACAAUCAAGCAGGAGUCUAAUGUUGAAAGCCGUUGUGUCCGGGGUCAAGAAGAAAAAAGUGACCGAAGACUGCAUAUAGCUUCAUUGAGCACGUUGUCGACAAUCUUAAGCAAGAGAGAGACCAUUACCGGUGCUACUGCACGUGGCAUCAAAGGCAACCGAAUGAAGCUGCGAGUUCCCACCUUCAAAGCUAUCAAGAAGGCGGUAUUCAACUGGUUAUUUCAAAUCGGAGCAAGCAGCAUUCCUGUGAGCAGGGCACUUUUGCAGCAGAAGGCAAGGAACAUCACGUGGAUCAUGGGGUACAAUGAUUUUGUGGCUAGUGACGGCAGGCUGCAGCGCUUCAAGGAGUGCCACGACUUCGUCGGCAGGGCUGUCAACGGGGAAUCGCUAUGUGUCGACCACGAAGCUGCAGUGGCGUGGAUCGAGAAAAACACUGGGCAGCUGCUCGGAAAAUACAGCACCAAGGAUUUGUUCAACGCAGAUGAGACUGCCCUGUUCUAUAAGAUGUUGCAGCAAAAAACCUUGACCCUCAAAGUUUACCUUUGCCAAAGUGGCAAACGGAGCAAUGUCAGUGUGACCGGGCUACUAUGUGUGAAAAGGUGCCGGCCCUCGUGA